CUUUCGCGUGGGCAGACGCACUGGCCAGCCCUGGAGGCGUCCCGCGUGCCCAUCUUCGGUAGCGUCGCGUACGCUGCGGAUGUUAUAUCUGGCGUCGCGGCGCCCUCGAGCCUCAGCCGCUCCUCAGUCGCCCGUCGAUUCACAACUCACCCCCACGAGACACUAAAAAAGCAGCAAAAUGUGCGACGACGAAGUAGCAGCCCUUGUUGUCGACAAUGGAUCCGGUAUGUGCAAGGCCGGUUUCGCCGGAGACGACGCUCCCCGCGCCGUAUUCCCCUCGAUCGUAGGUCGCCCCAGACAUCAAGGUGUGAUGGUCGGUAUGGGUCAGAAAGACAGCUAUGUCGGCGACGAGGCACAGAGCAAGAGAGGUAUUCUCACAUUGAAAUACCCGAUCGAGCACGGUAUCAUCACCAACUGGGAUGAUAUGGAGAAGAUCUGGCAUCACACCUUCUACAACGAAUUGCGUGUUGCCCCCGAGGAACACCCAGUCCUCCUCACCGAGGCUCCCCUGAACCCGAAAGCUAACCGCGAAAAGAUGACCCAGAUCAUGUUCGAAACCUUCAACAGCCCGGCCAUGUACGUCGCCAUCCAGGCCGUGCUCUCCCUGUACGCUUCCGGUCGUACCACCGGUAUCGUCUUGGACUCCGGAGAUGGUGUCUCGCACACCGUACCCAUCUACGAAGGUUACGCCCUUCCUCACGCCAUCCUCCGUCUGGACUUGGCCGGUCGCGAUUUGACCGACUACCUCAUGAAGAUCCUUACCGAGAGAGGUUACAGCUUCACG